AAUAAUAUAAGGUAAUGGAUUAAAACUUUUAAACUUGAGAAAGUGAGGGGGCUCAAAGUAAGUUUUUUUCCUUUUUGGAAGCAUGAUCCACUCAAGUCCACAUCGCGUAAUCAAAUUGAAAAACAUUUCCUUCUGGUUCAAAAAAAUCAAAUUGAAAAACAGAACCCCAGAUUCAUUCCUCUAUUUCGAUUCUCACCUGAUCCCAGGCAUCAAAACCAGGUACUACCAUUUUCAUAGAAAAAAAAUGUCUGCUUUCAGAUUCUUCAUUACCCUGGUUUUACUCUGCUUCCUCUGCCUUGCAACUGAAGCUCAGAACGCAACCUACUUCACCAACUACUGCUUCGACACGGGGAAUUUCACUGGAAACAGCACUUACCAAUCCAAUAUCAACAAACUUCUGUCCGCCCUUUCCUCUGACCCCACCGUCACCAACGGAUUCUAUAAUACCACCUCUGGGGAAAACCCCGACAGGGUCUACGGCGUCUUCCUCUGUCGCGGCGACGUUUCUACCACUAUUUGUCGAAAUUGCGUCACGUCUGCCGCCAGAAAUGUGACUCGGCUUUGCCCUGUUGAAAAAAAUGCUGUGGUUUGGUACGACGAGUGCCUCCUCCGCUACUCCGACACAUGGACUUUCACCGUCCUCAAUGAUAAGGUUUGGUUUGGUUUGUCAAACAAUCAGAAUGUUGCGGAUCCGACCCGAUUCAACGACGUAUUGGCAACGUCGAUGUACGAUGCAAGGACUCGGGCUGCGUUAGUGGCUAACAGAUUCGCCACAAAGGAGGCUAAUAUUUCUGCGGUUCAGACCCAGUACAGUCUUGUUCAGUGCACGCCGGACCUGUCGAAUUCGGACUGUAAUAGGUGUCUCCAAGCAGCCAUAGCUGGUCUGCCUAGUUGUUGUGGCGGAAAAACUGGCGGAAGAGUAAUAUACCCUAGUUGUUAUGUAAGGUAUGAAGUUUACCCUUUCUAUAAUGUAUCUGCAGUUGCAGCGCCGCCACCACCGAUUAUCACUAAUCCUGGUUCAGAGAUCAACCCCGAAGGAAAAGGCCAAAAAGCAUGGGUGGUAAUUGUUGCCAUUGUUGCCCCGGUUGGUUUCUCUAUUUUGCUUUUCAUUGUGGGGUAUCGCUUGCUAACAAGGGGAGAAAGGAAGAAGUAUGACAGUGUGCAGGGAGAUAAUGCUGUGGCUGAUAUGACGACUAUAGAGUCACUGCAGUAUGAUCUCAGAUUGAUUGAAGCUGCAACAGACAACUUCACAGAUGGUAAUAGACUAGGUGAAGGUGGAUUUGGGGUGGUUUACAAGGGUAGAUUUCCUAAUGGACAGGAAAUAGCAGUGAAGAGGUUAUCGAGGAGCUCUGGACAAGGAGUUGAAGAAUUCAAGAAUGAGGUUGUGUUGGUGGCUAAGCUUCAGCACAGAAAUCUAGUCAGGCUAUUAGGAUUUUGUGUGGAAAGAGAAGAGAAGAUACUUGUUUAUGAAUUCAUGCCCAACAAGAGCCUUGACUAUUUUCUAUUCGAUCAUGAUAGAAGGGGAUUGUUGGAUUGGUCAAGACGUUAUAGGAUAAUCGAAGGUGUUGCUCGAGGAAUUCUUUAUCUUCAUGAGGAUUCUCGGCUUAGAGUCAUACAUCGGGAUCUCAAAGCUAGCAAUGUAUUGCUAGAUGGUGACAUGAAUCCAAAAAUUUCAGAUUUUGGAAUGGCAAGAAUUUUUGGAGUCGACCAAAUUCAAGGAAAAACAAAAAGAAUUGUUGGAACCUAUGGCUACAUGUCUCCAGAAUAUGCCAUGCAUGGACGGUUCUCUAUGAAAUCAGAUGUGUAUAGUUUUGGUGUUUUAGUUCUAGAGAUUUUAAGUGGCAAGAAGAAUGGUAACUUUUAUCAAACAGAAGGAACUGGAGACCUAAUGAGCUAUGCCUGGAAACUUUGGAAUGAUGGGAGACCACUGGAGCUGUUGGACCCAAUUCUUGUAGAUUCUUAUGCAAGAAAUGAAGUCAUUAGAUGCAUCCAUAUUGGUUUGCUAUGUGUUCAGGAAGAUCCUGCUGAAAGGCCAACAAUGGCAACCAUUGUUCUCAUGCUCAGCAGUUACUCAGUCACACUAUCUCUACCGAAGAAGCCUGCAUUUUUCCUCCAUAGCAGAACAGAGCCGGCAAAGGUGCUAGAAUCUGAUCAAUCAUUCGGUCAGUCAAUGCAAUGCUCUGUGAAUGAAAUCUCAAUCACUGAAAUAGACCCUCGGUAAAACUAGGCACCCUGCAACUUAUAUUUCCUGUGUUAUUUCAGUAAGAGAAAGAAGUUACUGAAUACUAAUUCAG